AUGUUUCUGUAUUCUAGUCUGUCACUGAACUUGAUUCAUAUUUUGAGAUUUGUAACACUUCUUAACUUCAAAUUUCUAAACGCAGCUAUCUAUCUAUCUAUCUAUCUAUCUAUCUAUCUAUCUAUCUAUCUAUCUAUCUAUCUAUCUAUCCCAGUCUCUUCAUUUCCUAUCUCUCUCUCUCUCUCUCUCUAUCUAGCUAUAACUCUGGUCUUGCUGCAAAACUACCAGGAACAAUGGCCGGGUCUCGCUUGCUACUUCCACCAGGCCAAUAUAUCCUUCGUUAGCACGGCUAGUGCCAUUACCCUACUCACGAUUAGUAUUGACCGCUAUGAGGCAGUCGUGACCCCACUAAAAAAGAAGGUCAUUCAGCUCAAUAUGAAAAAGACAUUAUUGGCUAUCUGGUUCAUGUCUAUCGUCGGCUUCUGCUCCCCAUUUUUCGGUGUCGACUUUACGACACUGUCAGAAAUGGCGGCCAGGCCAGUCGAACCGACAGGCCAACCACAGAUGAAUACGUCACAGAACAGCGCGUUUCUAAAUGCGCUCAGCGGCACCACGGACGCCGUUGCAGACGCGACAAGCAGCGAUCAGUGCUUUUCAACGCCAACCUGUCAUUGUUUCAUAAAUUUCAAACAUUUUUUUCCUUUCCACGAGGCCUAUUUCAUGUUUUUCUUUUUUCUCUGCAUGAGUGGCAUGAUCGUUUGCUACUAUCAUAUUUUUCGCGUGGCCAAGCAGCGUCUAGCGGUGCGACUGGCUCUCAUCAGGGCCACAUUGGCUUUUACUGGCGGCUCUACGGCGGAAGAAUCAUUGUGGAAAGUGCAGGAUCGACGGCUCACCAAGAUGACCCUGGCGAUAGCUUGCCUGUAUAUAUGUAUUUGCUGUUUGUUCAUAUCUAUCUAUCUAUCUAUCUAUCUAUCUAUCUAUCUAUCUAUCUAUCUAUCUAUCUAUCUGCUGUUUUAUUUCUUUCUUUCUUUCUUUCUUUCUUUCUUUCUUUCUUUCUUUCUUUCUUUCUUUCUCAUUCUCCAAAUUUUAUUUUCCUCCUUCAUCAUUCUACAAUUUACAUUUUCGGCAUGUUCAUUUCUUUCUUUUCUUUUCUUUUCUUUCUUUCUUUCUUUUACCGGAAUUUUCUUCCGUAAUCAUUUUUCAGCAACUUUCUUUCUUUCUUUCUUUCUUUUUCUUUCUUUUUUUUUCUUUCUUUCUUUCUUUCUUUCUUUCUUUUCUCCAAAAUAUUUAUUUUCUUCCUUCAUCAUUCUACAAUUUACAUUUUCGGCCUGUUCAUUUCUUUUUUCUUUCUUUCUUUCUUUCUUUCUUUCUUUUUCUUUCUUUCUUUCUUUCUUUCUUCUCAUUCUCCAAAUUUUAUUUUCAUCCUUCAUCAUUCUAAAUUUACAUUUUCGGCAUCUAACAUUUUUCAGCAACUUUCUUUUUCUUUUUCUUUACUUUCUUUCUUUCUUUCUUUCUUUCUUUCUUUCUUUCUUUCUCUCCCUCUUUCUCCAAAAUAUUUAUUUUCCUCCUUCAUCAUUCUACAAUUUACAUUUUCGGCAUGUUCAUUUCUUUCUUUCUUUCUUUCUUUCUUUCUUUCUUUCUUUCUUUCUUUCUUUUACCGGAAUUUUCUUCCGUAAUCAUUUUUCAGCAACUUUCUUUCUUUCUUUCUUUCUUUCUUUCUUUCUUUCUUUCUUUCUUUCUUUCUUUCUUUCUCCAAAAUAUUUAUUUUCUUCCUUCAUCAUUCUACAAUUUACAUUUUCGGCCUGUUCAUUUCUUUUUUUCUUUCUUUCUUUCUUUCUUUCUUUCUUUCUUUCUUUCUUUCUUCUCAUUCUCCAAAUUUUAUUUUCAUCCUUCAUCAUUCUAAAUUUACAUUUUCGGCAUGUUCAUUUCUUUCUUUCUUUUACCGGAAUUUUCUUCCGUAAUCAUUUUGCAGCUAACAUUUUUCAGCAACUUUCUUUCUUUCUUUCUUUCUUUCUUUCUUUCUUUCUUUCUUUCUUUCUUUCUCCAAAAUAUUUAUUUUCCUCCUUCAUCAUUCUACAAUUUACAUUUUCGGCAUGUUCAUUUCUUUCUUUCUUUCUUUCUUUCUUUCUUUCUUUCUUUCUUUCUUUCUUUCUUUCUUUUAGCGGAAUUUUCUUCCGUAAUCAUUUUGCAGCUAACAUUUUUUAG